UCUUUAACGGAGCUCUAAACUUAAAUGUCAUCCUAUUCGUUAGCCAAUUUUGUUUGUGGCACAUAUUCAGAUUAGAAGGAAGACAAUGGCAAUGGCAAUUGCUGCUCUGCGGAGGGCUUCUACACGUCGCGUGUUCAAAUCUCCCCUCGUUCAAUUCAGCUCAGCAGCAUUGGCCAACGAGGAGGCUUAUACUCGCAUUGAGAAAGAAAAAUCGCAUGUCACGUGGCCAAAGCAAUUGAAUUCACCAUUGGAAGAGGUGGAUCCUGAAAUAUCAAACAUAAUCGAACUCGAAAAAAAUCGGCAAUGGAAGGGACUUGAACUUAUUCCGUCAGAGAAUUUUACAUCAUUGUCAGUUAUGCAAGCUGUAGGGUCAGUCAUGACCAAUAAAUACAGUGAAGGCUAUCCUGGUGCAAGAUACUAUGGUGGAAAUGAGUUUAUUGAUAUGGCAGAGUCUUUAUGUCAGAAAAGAGCCUUGGAAGCAUUUCGUCUGGAUCCACUGAAGUGGGGAGUUAAUGUGCAGCCGUUAUCAGGCUCUCCUGCAAAUUUCCAUGUUUAUACUGCUUUGUUGAAGCCACAUGAUCGGAUUAUGGCACUUGAUCUUCCACAUGGUGGUCAUUUAUCUCAUGGUUACCAGACAGAUACAAAAAAGAUUUCAGCUGUCUCAAUAUACUUCGAGACAAUGCCUUAUAGAUUGAAUGAAUCAACUGGUUAUAUCGAUUAUGAUCAGCUUGAGAGAAGUGCAACACUCUUUAGACCCAAGCUCAUAGUUGCUGGUGCUAGUGCUUAUUCACGACAUUAUGACUAUGCUAGGAUGCGCAAGGUUUGUGACAAACAAAAAGCUGUGCUGUUGGCGGAUAUGGCACAUAUAAGUGGACUGGUAGCAGGCAGUGUUGUUCCAUCUCCUUUUGAUUUUGCAGAUGUAGUAACAACGACAACACACAAGUCACUUCGUGGUCCACGAGGUGCAAUGAUAUUUUAUCGGAAGGGCCUUAAGGAAGUUAACAAAUUUGGUCAAGAGGUUAUGUAUGAUUAUGAGGACAAGAUUAAUGCAGCCGUGUUCCCUGGUCUUCAAGGCGGUCCUCACAACCACACUAUAACUGGAUUGGCUGUGGCUCUUAAGCAGGCAGCUACACCGGAGUUUAAAUCAUAUCAGCAACAAGUCCUCAGCAACUGCGCUCGUUUUGCACAUUGCCUGACUAAAAGAGGGUAUGAACUUGUUUCGGGUGGAACAGAAAACCAUUUGGUUCUUGUAAAUUUAAAGAGUAAGGGAGUUGAUGGAUCCAGGGUGGAAAGGGUGAUGGAAUUGGCUCAUAUUGCAGCCAAUAAAAACACAGUUCCUGGAGAUGUUUCAGCAAUGAUUCCUGGUGGAAUUCGCAUGGGGACACCGGCUCUAACCUCGAGAGGGUUCACAGAGGACGAUUUUGCAAAAGUUGCAGAGUUCUUUGAUCAUGCAGUUCAAUUAGCCAUCAAAAUCAAAUCUGAGACAACAGGCACCAAGUUGAAGGACUUCAAGGCCACAAUUGAUAGCAAUCCAGGUAUACAGGCUGACAUAAAGAAUCUCCGACAUCGAGUUGAGGAAUAUGCAAAGCAAUUCCCCACAAUUGGAUUUGAAAAAUCAUCCAUGAAAUAUAAGGAGUGACAGUGUCUGGAAAAGCCAUACCUAGCGUUUGGUUCCAUGAUUUUGAAUGAUUAAGUAUAAGGGUUUCUUGGAGUUAAAGUUCCUGGUCUGUAACUUAUGAAUCCUUAUGCCAUACUUAUAUAUUGCUCUUAAAGUAUUCUGUUACAUAGAACAAUGUUUCAUUUUUUCUGGCUGUGUUAGUAUAUGUCUUAAAUCUUAAUCACCCAAAUACCCUUGUACCCUUUGUAAAUGCACCAUCCGGUGCUUGUAGUCAAUGCAAAGGAACUCUCAAUGAAGAACUUAACUGAAUGAUUUUGUUAAUAGUAUAUUACUUCUUAAUAA